UUCUUCAAAUAGAAUCAAAAUUUUCCAAUGAAAUGUCAGAAAUUGAAGCUUAUACUUUUGCAGGUAUUUUUCCUUGAAAUUAUAAGCACCAGUGAGAUAUCCAUCUGUCUCAGCCAUGGCCAACCCUUUCUAUUACUUAUGGAGUUCCCUUUUCCUUUUUGCUUGUGUUAAUUCGAUCCACUUUAAUAUACCCCAUUUUGACCCUGAGGCAACCAGCAUUGCCUACCAAGGGGGCGCCAAACCUUCUGCUGGCUACGUUGAAUUUAGCAACGUACGUUAUGUGUGUCAGGUCGGUCGGGUUUCGUAUGCCGGAAAUGUGCCGAUAUGGGACUCUCGUACUAACCAGGUUGCCGAUUUUAACACUCGUUUCUCCUUCAUCAUUGACAGUCUAGGCAAAAAUAGAUACGCAGCUGGUCUUGCUUUCUUUCUUGCUCCUGUUGGAUUUGAAAUCCCACCCAAUUCUUCUGGUGGAUUUCUUGGCUUAUUUAACACCACCACCAGUGAUUCAUCACGGAACCAGAUUGUUCUGGUGGAGUUCGACACUGACUCCAACUCUCCGUGGGAUCCUCCGGGUCAGCAUGUCGGGAUCAACACGAACUCGGUUUCUUCGGCUAAGUACUCCCCUUGGAAUUUCAGUUUGCACGAUGGAAAAACAGCCGAUGCGUUGAUUUCUUAUAAUGCUACAACUAUGAACUUGAGCCUCACGUUGUCUUACGAAAGUUCUCAAGAGAAUGUCACUCUUUCCCAUCGCGUUGAUCUCAGGGAAAUCUUACCAGAGAUGGUCAUGGUUGGAUUUUCAGCCGCUACCAAUCAUUUACCGGAGCGGAAUCAACUUCUAUCGUGGGAAUUCAACUCGAGUUUAGAAAUAAACACGACCGAGGGACAGAACCGAAGAAGGACAAAGAUGAUAGUAGCUCUAGUAGUUCUGCUGAGCGUUUUAAUGACUGUGAUCGGCAUAUCGUUCGUGUUUAUUCGGAGGUGGAAGAAGGUGAAAGAAGAAAGAGAAGAGAGAACGAACUUAACUUCGAUCAAUGACGACCUCGAAAGAGGAGCAGGGCCGAGAAGGUUUUCUUACACAGAUCUCGUUGUGGCUACCAACAAUUUUUCAAGCCAGAGGAAAUUGGGGGAAGGAGGAUUCGGAGCCGUCUACAAAGGGUAUUUCAAUGAUACAGAUACCACAGUUGCAGUGAAGAAAAUUUCAAGGGGAUCAAGACAGGGGAGAAAGGAAUACAUUACAGAAAUCAAGAUCAUUAGCCGAUUGAGACAUCGAAAUCUGGUGCAACUACUAGGAUGGUGCCAUGAUGGAGGUGAGUUUCUUCUCGUCUAUGAUUUCAUGUCAAAUGGUAGCCUCGACAACCACCUCUUUAGCCCAAAGAAAGCUCCUAUAAAUUGGCCUGGUAGGUACAAAAUAGCUCGAGGCUUGGCAUCCGCAUUGCUAUAUCUUCAUGAAGAGUGGGAGCAAUGUGUGGUUCACCGCGACAUCAAAUCGAGCAAUGUAAUGCUAGAUUCCAGUUUUAAUGUUAAGCUCGGUGACUUCGGAUUAGCUCGGUUAAUGGACCAUGAGCUAGGUCCUUUGACCACAGGAUUGGCUGGAACAUUAGGUUACAUGGCCCCGGAAUAUGUAAGAACCGGUAGGGCAAGUAAGGCGUCCGAUGUGUACAGCUUCGGGAUAGUUGCCUUGGAGAUUGCUACAGGUAGAAAAGCAGUGGAUGGUGUGGAAGAAAAUUUCCCGCUAGGAUUGGUCGAAUGGGUUUGGCAUCUUUAUGGAACUCAGAACCUUGCUGCAGCUGUUGACGAAAGGUUGGUUGCAGAGUUAGAUGAACAACAGAUAGAAUGUGUGAUGAUUGUUGGACUGUGGUGUGCGCACCCUGAUAGCAGUCUAAGACCCUCGAUCAGGCAAGCGAUUCAGGUUCUUGAUUUCGAUGUGGCACUGCCAAUUCUCCCAUUGGAAAUGCCUGUUCCUAUAUAUCAGUAUCAUCAACCUAUUUCACCAAGCAAUGGCAGCAACAUUCAACCUUUGAUGUCUGAUUCGGACAUCAGAGCGGAGCCUUAAGCCACCCAUCACACUUUUUUACUGUAAAAUGUCUUCAUGUCUGAUG